GAAACCGAAGCUAACUAGCAUAUUUUGCUUGAAGAUCUGACUAUUUUCCUAAUAGUUGUGCUGUUAGUUACAUGUUUAGUACAUUUAUGAAAACAAACGUUGAGGACUUCUUCGGCAGGGGUUUGUUGAUGUGGUUCCUCGAUGAGAAUAUGUUGAGUUAGAUUAAUCUACCGGAACUGAAGCAUUGACGCUAUUGCAGGAGCCACACUUAGAUCACGGCAGUUAAUUGGUAUAUAAUUAAAUGUUUGUGUAUCUACAGCGGGUGAAGCAUGAGAUUAUUCUAUCACGCGACGACUGUGAUUGAAAUAUUAGGGAAUGCUGUGGCUGAUGAGCUACUUUGAGUCAAACCGGUCUUUCAUUCAUUUUAAAUGUAGUUUUGUAAGCAGAUGAUAUUCAGUUAGGCUGGUUUGUCUGGUGACCUCUUGUUCAUUGACGCUGUUCUUUUUUGGACUUUGCCUCAGAUUAUGUCCGUAGAUUAACACACGGAGGCUUCCUCUUGUUAUACGAGCAAUAAAUUAAUUCCUGGAAAUAGUAUUUUCCUUCAUUUGUCCUCAUCAUUUUGUCAACAAACGUUAUUAACGUCCAGUAACCGUUUAAAUUAAAGGCAUUACCUUUAAAACUAUGUGCUUAAACGUAAUUGCAAAUAAAAUGAACACUUUAGGAAAAUGUUUGUAUUGCCACUCUCACUGAUGACCCCACCUGUGAAAUGCCAUUCGUUGUCAGUAAACAUCGGAUCAGCUGACUGAAAAAACCCAAGGCACCAAGGUUCCAGUUGGUGUUUUUAUCAUAAUUUGGAAAAGAGGAUUAUGACAGAAUGUCAGAAGGAGACAGUGCUGGUGAAUCCAUCCAUGGAAAACCAUCAGCGAUCGGAAGCUUCUUUAAACGGCUUGGGCAGGUUUAUCAGUCAUGGUUGGACAAGUCAACACCGUUUUCAUCAGUGCGAUGGGCGGUCACGCUUCUCUUAACGGGCAUAUAUAUGAUCAGAGUAUAUAUACUACAGGGAUGGUACAUAAUCACAUAUGCUCUUGGGAUCUACCACCUUAAUCUCUUCAUUGCUUUCCUCUCACCAAAAGUGGAUCCCUCGUUACUUGAUGAUCCAGAUGAGGGUCCAGCACUACCAACAAAACAGAAUGAAGAGUUCCGGCCGUUCAUCAGGAGGUUGCCUGAAUUUAAAUUCUGGCACUCGGCAACGAAAGGCAUAAUCAUCGCUAUGAUUUGCACAUUCUUCGAAGCCUUUAAUGUGCCAGUUUUCUGGCCCAUCCUCGUAAUGUAUUUCAUUAUGCUCUUCUGCAUCACCAUGAAACGGCAGAUCAAGCACAUGAUCAAGUAUAGAUACCUGCCCUUCACACAUGGGAAGAGGACUUACAGAGGCAAGGAAGACUCAGGGAAACCCUUUGCUAGUUAAAAUUCCCCUUCCUGAAAUUAAAGUUAUUGAUGAAGAAUGGUGCGUAAAGGGGGUGGAGGUUUUUCUUUUUUUCUCGUUUUCUUUUUUGGGUGAGAAAAAAAUCUUUUGAUCUGCAUCAAAAGCGUUACCCGCUCAUGUAAGAGGAUUAAUGCUGCCUUUUGUAAGUGUUUGGGGUUUGGGCCUUUUGAGGAAUGCUGUCGAGAAUCUGUGCACAUGAAACUAUUAAAAUAUGUGGCGAAUUAAUUAAUUAGAGAAUUAGUUUAUUUCUUUUUGCUCAGUAGUCCCCAUUCAUCCCCAAACCCAAAGGAUGUUAUGAUCUUUACCUUCUCUAAAACAAAUUUUAAAGAGUAAAUGAAAAUUGGAUUAGAAGCAAGCGGUUUAAGAUUGAAAAGAUUUCAUCAUUAUUUGACCGCCAUGCUCAUUCAUCUGGAAUAUAUUUGGUGUGCUUUUAUAUUUAUUAUAAACGUACCAGACAUUAUAUUCAGUAUUCAGAUGCACUAAUGUAAGAUUCCAUGAAAGGAGAGACACUAGAGAUCAUAGACACCUGGUGGAGAUCCAUCUUGCCGCAUGUUCAUAUGAAUUUGCCUUUUAUGAACAAUUGUAAUUCUCUAAAUGUGCUGUAGCAUUGUUAGUAUUUAAUUUGUACAUAGUUGUCCACCUUAAUCACAUCCGUUCAUGCGGUUUGUAAGUUAUGCUUCAAUAGGGAAACUUCUAAACCCCCUCACCUUGUACAUCAGAUUUUUUUAAAAGCCAGCAUGUGGCACUCCAUUAAAAUGGUAUGGUACAACAAUAUUGGCUGUAUGUUCUUCUCGUUUAAGCAUUCCCAAUAAACACUUUCUCUCUUUUUUCUUUUUCAGAGGAAACAUAAAGUUGAUUGCUUUAACUAUUACAAAUGGAUGGAGAGGGUUGAAGAUUUUUUUUCUUUUUUCUUUGUAUUUUAUUUUUUUGUGCUGGGCCCUAACAACUAGUGUAGAUUUUUAAAUGGAGAGAACUUCAAUAAGCACUGGAGAUGAGGAGUAAAAACUAUUUCAUAUAAAAGUGCAACAGUUUUUUUGGAGGGGAUAUAUAUAUAUAUAUAUAUAAUUUUUUUUUAAUGGUUAGCAUGUUUUGAUUUUUUUUUUAUGCCAUUUUUACUGUGUUAAAUGAAUCUUAUUAAACAAGUAAUUGAAUCAUUUGAAUUAAUUCAUGAGUACAUAAAUUGCAUGUUUUAGGUUUUCUUGUGCUGCUGGUUAAGAGAAAAAAAUGAUUUUAAUAACCAAGUGUACAUUUUUCACUCAAUGCUAUUAAAAGGCUGUGUCCCUUCACUGCUCAUGGCUCUAAUAUUUGAUAGGUUUUAAGCUUUGCUACAUUAACUGCAUAAUAGAUUUGUCAUUGUUAUGACUAACAGAACAUCACUUUAAUCUUAGUCUACAUAGUUCUCUGGACCAGUUAACUGCUGACUUAGCCAAAGGUUUUUAAAUCUUACAGACAGAUAGCUGGAGACACUUAUGUUACCAUUAAAGUAUGUGUAUAAUUUUUGAGGAUGUAUAGUGAAUUCCCUCAUGUAUUCUCAUACUACAUGUAUAUUAGGCAUAUAGCACUUUUUCAUGUACUGUUGCAUUUAUCACUUACUAUUACAA